AUGGCGGAUGACGAAGGUCAAGAAGACGAAUUACUUGCUUUGGCAUCGAUUUACGACGAGCGAAUUUUUAUUCAAUCUUCCGAGGAAAAAGGAGGACAACUCAAUAUUUUUCUAGACUUACCAAAGCCUUUCCAACUGAAAAUACAGUCGAGGUAUUUGCCAAAAGAACUAAAGAAGCGGAAGAAUCGAACGAAUGAUCAAGGAGCUUCGAAUGAUGACCAAGACGUUCUUGAGGUGCAGUACCUUCCUCCUAUCGUGCUGAACUUCAGAUUCCCGAAGGACUAUCCUUCCAGGAGCCCUCCAUUAUUUACUUUAUCGUGUAAGUGGCUGACGGUGUUUCAGGUAAGAUAAUAGUCUACUUUUUUUUCGCGCUUUCUUGGUAGAUCUGUUACCAAUCUGACAACAGCUGUCCUUUCGUCAAACGCUUUGGAAAAAUAAACUUUUAACAGCACGCCAGCGUUUUCUCGAGGCUGCUUCAUUGUUUACUCAUCUUCUUACUUUUUAUCAUUGUUCUUUGAGUAAGACUACGAUAUUUUCCAAACCUAGCUGACAGGAAGAGAGAGGGGCCUUUGUCCUCCUCGUCCUUCUUGACAGUCCUUAACUUAACUUAACUUAACUUAACUUUAUUAUUCCAUCGCUCAUAUAGUAAAAACUCAGUAAAGCCAAAGCCGGGGGCUUAUACGGCCUGUGGUCAGAAUGACAGAAAUUAUUUUAUAUAGAAAUGAAGACUGUAGGGCAGUAGACUAAAAUACAAAACUAAAACAAGAUACAAAACUGAAAUUAAAAAAGUUUACAUGCAUGCACUCCUAUAACAGUCCUAUAACAGUCCAUAACUAGUGACAAAUAAACUAACAAUAAGCUAUGAGAAUCCUGCGCUAGUUCAAUUUAGGCUUAAAAGUGAAGUUUUAGUUUCUUUUUGAAGUUAGUAGUGGUAAGGCUGUCACGGACAGUCAAGGGGGUAUCGUUCCAAAUAGUCGGGGCUUGGGAACUAAUCGCAAAUUGAUACCUGAGGGACAUUUUAUGCAAGUUGAAAUGAGAACGAGUUAGAUAAUCAUGAAAAUUAUGAUUAAAGUGGAGGAGGGAGGAAAGAGAGGCAGGUAAAAGGUGAUUAAAGUGUGAGAAUACAAAACAAGAAACAUAGGACCAUUAAAAUUGUUUUGAAUCACUGUUUUACCUUUCUAUCUUUGCUCUUGACAGCUGUCAAAACUUUGCAAAUACCUGGAUGAAAUAUGGUCUGAAAAUGGCAUUGGAGAAGUUGUUAUGUUUCGGUGGCUGCAAUUUCUUCUUGAUGAGACUCUCACAACACUGAACUUGAAGAGUCCUUUCCCACUGCGAUUUAGAAGAGCUCAUGGAAAAGGCAACGCAAGAAGAAAAGCAGAUCAAAGAGCGUUUCAGGAUGUGGCCUCCUGCUAUAAUUUAGUCAAUGUUAUAGUGGAGUAUGACAAAGAAGAGAGUAAAAGGGUCUUCAGCAGUAGCUAUUUUACAUGUAAUGUUUGCUUUGGUGAAAAACCUGGGUCCUUGUGCAUGGAAUUUCAUGACUGCAGUCAUGUUUUUUGUGUGGACUGCAUGGCUGACUAUUUUAAAGUUCAAAUCGAGGAUGGGGCUGUUCAGGCACUGAACUGCCCAUGGGAAAAGUGUGAAUCACAGGCUCUUCCAUCUCAAGUGAAGGAAAUUGUUAGUCCAGAGUUAUUUGCUAAGUAUGACAGGUUUUUGCUACAGCAUAGUCUUGAUGGAAUGUCGGACAUCGUCUACUGUCCUCGCCCAUCAUGUCAGACUGCCGUCAUGCUGGAAAGUGAGUCAUCAAUGGGAAUCUGCACGUCUUGUUCCUUUGCAUUUUGCGCGUUUUGUAAACAUGCUUAUCAUGGUGUGUCACCAUGCCGAAUCAAAAGUGAUGACAUAAAGAAACUUCAUGAUGAGUACACAACUGCUUCUAGUGAGGAAAGAGAGUUUCUUGAAAAGCGUUUUGGAAAGCGACGGCUUCAACAAAUGGUAGAUGAAGUCGUGUCGGAAAAGUGGAUCUUCUCAAAUGCUAAACAAUGCCCAAGUUGUAGUGCAAGCAUUCAAAAGAUAGAUGGGUGUAACAAAAUGACAUGUAUUAAGUGCCGUUCCUAUUUCUGUUGGUUGUGCAUGUCAACACUUUCUCGCAGUAAUCCAUAUCAGCAUUUUAAUUCCUUAAAUAGUUCCUGUUUUAACAAACUGUUUGAAGGUAUUGAUGAAGAUGAUGGUGAUGAUGAUGAUGACGAUGAUGAAUGGUGGAAUGUGUGA